AUGGAGGUGGCGGUGACACUCGUGGAGGUGGCGAUGGUCGCUGUAGCGGCAGUGGUAGAAGUGGCAAUGGCAAUGACGGGGGGGCAUGGCGAUGGAGAUGGUGGCUUCGAAGACGGCGUCGGUGGUGGUGAUGGCGGUAGCGCUGGUGACGGCGAUGGUGACGGUGAAGGCGACGGUGAAGGCGACGGUGAAGGCGACGGUGAAGGCGACGGUGAAGGCGACGGUGAAGGCGACGUUGAAGGCGACGGUGAAGGCGACGGUGAAGGCGAUGGCAGCGGCGGUAGCGGCGGCGGCGGCGGCGGCUGUAUAAAAUUUCUCUAUCCACGUCUCUUUGUCCUAAACUACUUUUUCGCGGCGUGCGGGGUGGUGUCCGUGAGGUUUCUCUUGCCGGACACGCAGUUGAAUGCGAAAGAGUCAUCGGGUUGGCGAACCGUUACCACGAAAUUGCUGGCACUCCCUGCGUAUGAUAGGAACUCCUGGACUUCGCAGCGCUCCGCGACACGAAACGGCGAUCGCCCCACAGGAAGCGCCUGCCUCGUGCAGAGGACCCGUUGCGGCUACUCUCAACGACCCGUGGAUCUGCAGACUGGCUCACUGGGUCUCCACGUAACUCGCUCGCGUAAUUGUGAGAAAAUCGUUCGCAUUCGCUGAAAUCGGGACUUGCGAGUUCUUCCACAUCCACGUCCGGGAAAUCAUGUGCACACGAAAGCUUCGGAUAGUUCUGAGCCAGUCUUGUUGCGUUUUCUAACGCGGAUCACUUUUAGAGCGUCGUUUUGUCGCCUUGCGACAUUUUAUUGGGUGCGGCAUCUCGAUAGAAGUGAGGAUGUGAUGAGAGUGUGUGAGAGGUUAUUUUGAACCAAACUCCAUUCAGUUUGAUUAACUCCGUAAGGAAUCGAAGAGUCGUCUG